AUGGAUUUGCCAGAUGAAAAUGGGAUACAGAAUUUAUGUCCUGAUUUAGAUAAAUGCUAAAUCAAUACCUGCGAAAAACUGCAUUCAAGAUGUUUAACAGGAGUUUGUAUCGGUAAUUUACAAGGAUUUUGUUAAUAAUAAGAUUAUUGCGGUUAACAUCAUUAUUCAUUAGUUCAAUUACAAGGUGAAUUAGAUAAAAAACCAAUCAAUGGAAUUUAUUAGCACAAUUUAUGUUAUAAGAAAUGCAAUAAUGAGAAUUGUAAAUUUUUACAUCCACCUUGGUUAUAAUUCAUUUGUGUUGAUUGUAAAAAUUAAAAAUGUGAUAAAAAGAAAGAAGGAUUAUGGCAUACUUCUAAAUGGUAAGAGAUACAAAAAAAGGUAUAUGAAUUAUAUAACAUAAAUAAAACAAAUCCUGAAAAGUUUUGUAAUGAAAAAGAUUGUGAAUGUGAAGCUUAAAAAUAUAAUUUUAAUAUAUAUUGUAUUAAGUAUUUUUAAGGAAUAUGUCCUUAUCAUAGAUGUUAAAAACCACAUAAAAAUUGGGAAGAUUUAAAAGAUAUUGGACAUUUUUAGAAUUUAUAAGAUAAAGUUGUAAAACCUUGUAUUAAAUUUGACGAAAAUAAGAAUGAAUUUUCUAGUUAACCUUAAACUCUAUAAUGUAAUGUUUAUAUGUAAAAGAAUUAACUUAAAUUGAUAAUAAAUUAAGUAUAGAUUAGACCAUAAGUGGAUAUCAUUUUUAUAUUAGAUUGUACAAAAAGUAUGGAGAAGUGGAUUGAAGCUUCUAGAAAUAAUAUUAGUUUUAUAAUAGCUGAAUUUAAGAAAAAGGUAGAGAUUAAUACAGCUGUAAGAAUAACUACUGUAUGUUACAAAGAUAGACUAUCAUAAUUUUACUGUAAGGCCAGAAGAGAUUGAGAAAUUCAUCAAAAAUUUCAAAGUUGAAGAUGGUGAUGAUGUGCCUGAAGAUUUAUAAGGAGCUCUUGAUGUGGCAUAUAACUUAAAUAUUAGCAAGGAUCCUGAAAGUCUAUUAUAGAUUUUUAUAAUAACAGAUGCUCCAUGUCAUGGGAGGAAAUAUCAUAAUUUAGCUUAUGAUUAACUUCCAAAAUCUCAAGAUUUAGAGGAAAAACUAAAAAAAUUUGUUACUUUAAAAAAGAGAUUUUUUCUAUCCUUUUUAUAAAUACAUUAGCAAACUUGUACUAUGGAAACAGUUAUGCAAAAUGUAGUUUAAAAUAAUUAUUAAAGUGCAAAAAUAGCUGAUAAAUAAUUUUCAGAUUAUAUAUUAUUUUCUCUAUCUUCUACUUAUUCUAGAUCAUAAUCAAUUGAUACACAUAUAGAUUUUAACAUAUCAGUAAAGCUAAUUAUAAAAAAUAGAGAUAAAUGCAUUAUAGUUAUAAUAAUAGGCAAAAUUCUCAAUAUUGUGAUUAUAUUGAUUAACAAAUCAAUCAAACUUAAAAAUCAGGUGAAACUUCGUUAUUAAUAGAAUUAGAAGAAUUUAAAGUUAAUCUAAAAGGUGAAUUAGCAAAAUUAUUUAAAGGAUUUGAUGAAAAAAAUAAUGUACAUAUUGUGAUUAAAAUUCCUUAAGAGAUUAUUAUAAAAUACAACUCGAAUACCUUGACUUAGGAUGAUAUUGAAAAGGCAAAUUAGAUAGCAAAUUCAAAAUAUAAGUAAUAAUUGAUUGCAAAGCAAUUGAGUCAUCAUUUCAAUUACUGUUGCUAACUUUAUAAAUUGUCAUUUACUCCUCUUUAUUAUGCUACUUUAUAUUUAUAUAAAUUAGAUAAACCAUUUAAAGGUUUGGAGAUUUUAUACGGAGAAAGUUUUAUUGAUCUUCAAGAUACUUGGAAGAAAUACACUAACAAUCUAAAUUAUAGACAUGAAACAAUUAACUUAACUGCUUUCUCUCACUUUACAUAUCAUUAUACUAAUUGUUAAAUUAUAAUUACAGAUUUAUAAGGAAUAUAUAAUAUUUUAAGUGAUCCUGCAAUUCAUAGUUUAGAUGAAAGAUUGAAAGAUGAUGCAAAUAUUAAAAAUGAAGGAUGCUGUCAAUUCUUUUUGUACUAGCAUCCAGAAUGUUAAAAUAUUUGCAAAUAGCUUGGUUUAAUAUCAAUUUCUUUAUAAAAAAAGGGUAAUACUUAAACUUAAGAUUUAAAAUCUGAAGCCACUCGAAUAGAUGAUAGUUAAAUGAAUCAAGAAAAUUUAUACAAAAUUUGUAUUAAUUGCAAUGUAAUUGAAAAGUUGAAGAAAGACUCUGAUACUUUUGAACUUUGUGAAUAAUGCCAAAAUUUAUAGCAGGAUAUUACAACUUAUACCUGUAAAUGUUGUAAUCUGAAAUUCGAAAUCUCUGAAAAAACUGAAUAGCUUUUUGCAACUAUAGUGGAAUUUUGUAAAGAAUGUUAAAUUAAAUAAUGUCAUAAAACAAAGUUGAAUUGUUAUUAUUGUUAAUAAAGAAUAUGUUUAUAAACUAUUAAGGAAAUUAAUUAUAAUCAAAUUAAAAUACCUAUUUGUAUUGAUGCUCAUUUCUUUUUAAGAUAAGUAAAAUGUAAAAUUUGUCAUUCUAAUUAUAAUUUUAAUACAUUAUUAAGCCAAGAAGAUUAUUUUAAUAAUAAUUACAAUUGUGGUUGUAAUAGCAAAACCAAUUGA